GCCUACGCGUCCCUCCUCUCUUUACAUUUCCUUGCCCUCACUGAGACCUGGAUCACACCAGGCAACACUGCAACCCCUGCAGCCCUCUCCUCCUCCUUCUCCUUCUCUCACACCCCCCGCCCGUCUGGCCGUGGUGGGGGCACAGGGCCCCUGGGAAGCUUCCUUGAUGAGCUCGACACCCUGCUGAGCUCCUUCCCAGAGGAUGGCACCCCACUGAUCCUCCUGGGAGACUUCAACAUCCACCUUGAUGCCUCCCACUCUGCAGCCUUCCUGCCUCUACUUCACUCAUUCGAUCUCUCCCUAAUGCACUCCCCACCAACACACAAAGCUGGCAAUCUCCUAGACCUAGUUAUCCUGAGGAAUUGCUCUUCUUCCAAUCCCACAGUGACCCCUCUGCACCAGUCUGACCACCACUUCAUUUCCUUCUCCCUCCCUCUUACUCCCCUCCCUCCCUCCCCUCCAUCCACUCCUACUGUCAUGGUCCGCCGUAAUCUCCGCUCCCUCUCUCCCUCCUCUCUCGCUUCCAGUGUCACUGCUUCACUCCCCACUCUUGAAUCCUUCUCCAACCUUCCCACUGACUCUGCAUCCUCCACUCUGUCUUCCUCGCUCUCCUCAGCACUUGACUCUCUCUGUCCUCUAGUCUCCAGGCAGGCACGCUCGUCCCCUCCCAGUCCGUGGAUGUCUGACCCCCUCCGAACCAACCGGGCCAGCCUACGUGCAGCGGAGAGGAAGUGGAGGAAAUCCAUGGCUCAAUCCGACCUGUCUGCCUACCAGUCUAUGCUAGCUACAUUUUCUACCGCUAUAACCUCUGCCAAAAUUAAUUAUUAUCAAACAAAAAUUCAUAAAUCUGCCUCUAACCCUCAUCAGCUGUUCUCCAUUUUCUCCUCUCUCCUCAGCACUCCUUCCCCACCUCAGUCCUCCCUCGCUGCAGAUGACUUUGCAGUUUUCUUCGAUGAGAAAAUUGCAGACAUCCGCAGCUCCUUCACGUCCACCACCACCCUUCCCCACUCCCCCAGCUCUGUUCCCUCCCCUUGUUUCUCCACUUUCUCUCCCCUCACUGACUCUGAUGUUUCCCAGCUCCUACUCUCCCACCGCCCUACCACCUGUGCUCUUGACCCCAUCCCUUCCUCUCUCCUCCAGACCAUCACACCUGACAUCCUCCCAUAUGUCACCUCCCUCGUGAACUCCUCCUUGUCUUCUGGAUGUUUCCCCUCUUCUUUCAAGCUGGCCCACGUCACCCCACUGCUGAAAAAGCCCACUCUGGAUCCCUCUGUCAUCCAGAACUACCGUCCUGUCUCCCUUCUCCCUUUCCUAUCCAAAACAAUUGAAUGAGCUGCUUCUAAUCAACUCUCCUCUUUUCUCUCCCUGAACAACCUCCUAGACCCCUACCAGUCUGGCUUCAGACCUGGCCACUCGACAGAGACCGCACUCCUCUCGGUCAAUGAGUCGCUUCACGCCGCACAAGCAGCCUCCCAUUCAUCUGUCCUGAUCCUCCUAGACCUUUCUGCUGCCUUUGACACCGUCAACCAUCCCAUCCUCCUGUCCUCCCUGGCAGCUAUGGGGAUCUGUGGCACAGCACUUGACUGGAUUGAGUCCUACCUCUCCGGUCGCUCCUUCCAAGUCGCCUGGGCUGGUGCAGUAUCAGCACCUCGCCCCCUUGCCACAGGAGUUCCCCAGGGCUCUGUCCUUGGUCCCCUCCUAUUCUCCCUGUACACCCAAUCUCUUGGUCCUGUAAUCUCUGCCCAUGGGUUGUCCUAUCAUUGUUAUGCCGAUGACACCCAACUCUUUCUCUCCUUCCCGCCCUCUGACACUCGGGUCUCUGCUCGCAUCUCUGCUUGCCUGAGGGACAUCCAGAGCUGGAUGGAUAACCACCAUCUUAAGCUGAACCCAGGCAAGACGGAGAUGAUCUUCAUCCCUGCUCCAUCCUCUAACCUUCUGACUUUUCUAUUUCCCUGGGGGACACUGUGGUGUCAUCAUCACCCACCGCAAAAAACCUUGGAGUGGUGAUGGACAACAGACUGUCCCUCUCCCAGAACAUCACGGCGGUGAGUCGAACGUGCAGGUUCUUCCUGUACAACAUCCGGAGAAUCCGCCCCUUCCUCACCACCUACGCAACCCAGUUCCUGGUUCAAGCGAUGGUCCUGUCCCGCUUGGACUACUGCAACUUGCUACUGGCUGGUCUGCCAGCAUCCGCCAUCAGACCCCUGCAGCUCAUCCAGAAUGCUGCAGCGCGUCUGGUCUACAACCUCCCCAGACAUUCCCAUGUCACCCCCCUGCUCACUGACCUCCACUGGCUGCCUGUUAUGGCUCGCAUCAAAUUUAAGUCCUUGGUGCUUGCAUACCAGGCAGCUAAGGGGUCAGCACCAGGGUACAUUCAGAGGAUCAUCAGACCCUACACGCCAGCCAGACCUCUCCGUUCGGCCACCUCU